CAACCUGGAGCGGCGAUAUGUCAUGAUACACAAGACGGCUGAGGUACCCCACGAUAUCGUUGUUCAAUUUCAUCAUGGGCGGAACCUUUUUCAUGUCCAAGCUCGGCUGGGUAUAUGCAAGUUGCAGGCCGUCUCAUCCAGAGCGAGCGUUUUCAGAAUCGAAGGUCGGCAAGCAAUGGAUUGUCGAUCUCACACCUCAUCAUACGCAUAUCCCAGGAGUCUAUAACCGGCAUACCCAAGCGAUAGAUACUCAUGGCCGAGCCCAACUCCGCAACGUUCCAACGGCCCAGUCGCUCCGCAAUAUCAAUACCCCGGAAUGAGGCCGCCCUCCCACCUCUGCCCCGCGUGUCCCACGUCAAUGCCGCCGCUCGCUUGAGCGCACUCGGGCCACUGUCGCCCGCCUCGCCGCGAAAGCAGGUCGUAGUUCCCCCGACCACUACCACCACCAGUACACCCGAAGCAGAGCCCCGGCACCACCACAACCAGCAGCGACAAUGGAGUGAGCCGCCUGUUGUCAGCGCUUCCCGAAUAUUGGCGGGGAGCCCGAUAUCCGAAGAGACACGGCCCGCCAUACUGGGGUCUCUCCCUCCUCCUCCGCGACGGGGGACGUCGAGGCAGAGGAAAGAGAGGGAAGGGAGGCCGUCGCAGCCUGAGUCGCAGGACUUUGCGGCGGCGAGGGCUGGACGUGCCAUGCAUCCUAAGCUCGCGGGCGAGCGGGAUGAGCGGUUGCUGGCGGGGGGUAGAGCGGCGGCGUAUCCCCUGGUGGGACGUAGCCGCAGCACCAUGUUAUAUGAGGCAGAGCCUUCAGAUCUGCAUUUGCCUCCUCAAAGCGAGCUGCCUAGCAUUGGGAAAUCGCAACCUCAAGCGCAGACCGGGGAAAAUGCGCCGCUUGACAGUUAUCAACGAGAAUUCAAAGUCGUGCAUAAACCACUGUACAGAGUUUCCGUCCAGUCAGGGUCGGACACAGCCCUUGCGCAUCCCACUCCAACAUCAAAACAACGGUACUGGGGCGAGCAAGAUCUCGAAUCCAUAUCCUCCCGCAUCUUCGACACCAGGGACUCUGCCGGCUCGGUCCGAAGCGAAGAGUACGUCGGAAGCAACAACACGGAAUCUUCCGAGCACCAGUACAGCCCCGAGCCAGCGGCAGUGGGCAUGACAACGACAAUGAUAACCCCACCCGAUUCACCAGCGAUACCCAAAGCAUCCCUCGUCGGACGACCAGUGCUGCCGCCCAUGACGAUCUUCACCGGCCCACUGCUGUUACUGAACCGCGACGAGGAGUUCCAGAAACGCCUAUUUCGCACCGACGGCGUGCUGUUGAUCUGUAUGUCGGCGCAGUAUGUCAUGCUGCCCCGGAGCACGAACCUGUGGCAGGUCAGGAGCAAGUUUCCGCUGGUGUUUGAUGCGUUUGUGGACGCGGUUGACGGACAGUAUCGGAAAGAUGCGGGGAUGAUGAAGCGGGCGUUUGCGCUGCUUACUUCUUAUGAGCCGGGGAAGGUGUAUAUACCAAAGAUGAUCAUCCCAAUAUCCUCGAUAAGACAAGUGAAACCGGUCGUGCGGCAACCGGCAGCCGACCCAGACGCCCGCCUUUCCCGCAUCCUACAACUUCGCACAACCCAAGACACCUACAUCAUCUGCGCCCCAACCGCCCUCGAAUUUCAGCGAUGGAACUUCCUCCUCCAGCAGUCCUGCAUUGAGGACCACAUUGGGGCCACGCUCGCCCAACGGCUCAGGCUGUGGGACGCGAAUGUGGAUAAAAUUUUGGCGCAGGAUCAGGCGGCGACGCAGAUGAUGGUGGAGGCCACAGUGACAAUGGAUUCGAAGGAGUGGCCGAGGGUGACGCCGCUGGCGCUGGCGCCCGCGGCGGAUGAGGCGACGAAAGAGGCGGCUGUUGACCACAGGAUGUUUGUGAAGACGUCCAAAACUUUGACAGCGGCUCGGCUACUCCCAAGGGACUCGACGCUGCAGCCGGAGUUGGUUCAUCAAAGUGCACCCGUGGGCACCCACCACCGCCACCCCGACCACAACGCGGACCAACCCGACCGCCGCAGCCGCCCACAGGUCAUUCCCAUAACCACCCGCCUCCACUCCCUCACCCUGGACGAAACCUCCCCGCGCCGCGGCAUCGACGUCCGCCGCGGUUCACCCUCCUCAUCCCAAUCCCAAUCUUCCUCCCCACUCAACACGCCGACCAGCUCCCCGGCGCAAACUCCACCGCCCGACUACGAAUCCUCAACGAACGACCUCCGCAAUGACCUCACCCGCCUUCUCAGCCUCCUCGCCCACCUUACCGACCACUUCACCUCCCCACCCACAAUCAACGGAACACCACCCUUCAUCGACCACCUUCUGACGAUCUCGAUCCCACAACUCCUGCGGAAAAUCGAGCAUUCAGUUCAUAGUCAGGCGAAUGGGACCGUGGCAUAUUGGAGGGAGUUGAGACGGCGGUGGGAUGUGGAGGUUGUGGAUGGGGGAGGGCAGAGGGAGAUGGAAGGGACGGUUGUGGAAGUGGAGAGGUGGGCGAGGGAGGUUUUGGGGGGUUUGAUGUAGAUGAGAUGUAGAUGGAGUAGAAGUAGAUAGCAGUUAGGCAGUCAGC